GGUGCGUGGUUGGAGUGUAGUUGUGGUCGGGUCGCGUUGCUCGGGUCGUUUCUGUUCUGUCGUUUCUGCCGAGACUGCUGGGUGAGAGGGAGAGACGGAACCACAAAGGAACAGAGAGGGCUAGAGUCGCGACAGCGACGAGUGGGAGGCAGUUCACCGAGCCGUCCCGUUACAUUAUCUGCUGUUAGUCAGUCAGUCGUGCCAGUGAUCCGGACGCGGUAAAAACGAGAGAGACGACGACGUGGCCGUUCCGGAAAAGAUCGUUUCGAGACAGCCGGUCACCGUGAAAAUCACCCGCAGAGUGUUUCGUAUAAUCUCGUCGUCUUCCUCGAUCGUAAUUUCUUUUCUAAACUGUAGCGAAUUAAUAAAUAUACUCGAAAAAAAUAAUAAGUAAAAUAUACUUAUCGUUAUACAAACGUUGUUACCAAACGCUGUGAAACGUUUACUGCGAAACGUGUGUGCGAAAAGUGCGCGCGAAUAUUGGCUCGAUUAGCCGGCAGCCGAUCCAAAGAACGAGCUGAGUCCCCGAUCGAUUCGAUUUCUCGUUAGAUUUCGAUUAGGAUCGCUAUUAUUUUCAUUUUGAACCAAAGAGGAAAAUAGCAGAAGAAUUUUUAGUGGUAAAAAGUUGGAAGGAGAAAUUGUCGAUCGUCAUCGAUGUAUCAACUCGACGAUUCAUCGAUCACUCGUAUCGAAUAGCAGCGAUGAAGUGAACGGAUAACGCGGCGGGACGUUCCGCGGUUCCCGACAGUCGUGGCAGUGAAAGUACGUCACCCGGAGCUGUCUCCGCUUAUUCGAGAUUCUUUCUAUCAGAGCGGGUUUCCUCGACAUCAAAGAGAUCGGGUGACGAUCAUGCUUCUCGCUUAACAUUUCGCAUACGUACACCGUGUACGAACAGUGGCCGUGAUAAAAGUGUCCUCUUCUUUCUUCCGUGUUCCGUUUCGUGUUCCUUUCUUUUUUUUUUUUUUUUUUUUUUGUCCACCGAUUCAUUGACGAUUCAUCGACAUCUCGGUACCGCGACCGGAAAGCGAAUCGACCAGGAUCGAUACCGAUCGAGACAUAUCAUCACCAGUUGGCAACGAUGACCGUGAUUAUGGAGGAAACAAACACGUUUGUUACGUGGCCGUCCCGUCUGAAGAUUGGAGCAAAGUCGAAGAAAGAUCCGCAUAUAAAGGUCGCAGGUCGACCCGAUGACGUGCGAGCUGCAAAGGAAAAAAUAAUGGAAAUUUUGGAUACGAGGCAAAGCAACAGGGUAACCAUGAAGCUGGACGUUAGCUACACGGAUCAUUCGCACAUCAUUGGGAAAGGUGGGCUAACGAUUAAACGGGUGAUGGAGGAGACUGGAUGCCAUAUCCAUUUUCCGGAUAGCAAUCGGAGCAAUCAUCAGGAGAAAAGCAAUCAGGUGUCCAUCGCGGGAGAGAUGGAGGGUGUCGAGCGUGCCCGUGCUCGUGUCAGGAAUCUUACACCCCUGAUCUUUUCGUUCGAAUUGCCGAUAAUGAGCUCGACGCAAGCCUUGCCGGAUUCCACGACACCGUAUCUGGUCAAAAUUCAAGAGAAAUAUAACGUACAAGUGAUGUUCCGGACGAGACCAAAAUUGCACGCCACCCUGGUCGUGGUGAAGGGCUGCGAAUGGGAGGUAUCUCAAGUGAAAGAGGCCACCGUGCUUCUGAUCCACUACAUGUGCCAAAACUUAGCUAGUCAAAUACAAGUACAAAUAUCGAUGGAGAUUUCGCCUCAACAUCACAGCAUCGUGUUGGGGAAGCAGAGCAGCAAUUUGAAGAUGAUAAUGCAACGCACGGGCACCCAGAUAAUGUUCCCAGACGCUGGUGAUCCAAAUAUACCCAGCUUAAAGAAAAGCAACGUUACGAUCACAGGUGGCAUUCACAACGUUUACUUGGCCCGGCAACAGUUAGUGGGAUCCCUGCCUCUGGUCCUCAUGUUCGAUCUUCCCGAGGACUCGAUGUCCUCGGUCGACACCGACAAUAUAUCCCAACUGAUGCAAUCCUUGGACGUGUUCAUAAACGUGAGGCACAAGCCGAAACAGAACACGCUCUCCGUGAUCAUAAAGGGGAUCGAGCGUAACGCAAGUAAUAUCUACGAAGCGAGGAAACAGCUGUUGGGCCUGGACGAGCCCCGGGUCUAUGCAGAGAUACCGGCUACUUAUUACAUACCGAACGUUGGAAAUAUUUUUCAAGGAAAUGGUUCGAGCAACGGUUCCAGUCCCCCGAGCAGUUUGGUCAGCAGCCUCUCGGACAAUUUGUCGAGCAUACUGACGAUAAACACGCAGACGUCUCCUUACUGCAUGUCACCUAUUUCUCACUCGCCAAGUCCUCUGGGCUUGUCGCCUCAUUGGGGUUUACCGCCGAUACCGUCCAUGUUUUCACCAUUGCCACUCCACCACACUUACACGUAUCAGCAGCACCUUAAUCACUUGCUGACAACGCAGCACGUGAUGCAUAACAACGCAAUACCUCCUCAUACCCAUGCACAACAGAAUCACGGUUUUUCCGGUAUCGCACAACUUCACUCGAACGUGCCUCCCGGCUUUCACAGUAUUCACGGAUUGAACGGUAAUUCGUUGACAGACAGCAAGGAAGGUAGCGCAUACUCGUCGCUGAGCAGCAUGUCCAGCUCUCUAUCUAGUCCAGCCAUCAGUCCUCGUAACAUAUCUCCGGUUAACCCAACGGAGAAUAAUCCUAAUAUAGAUUUGUCCAGCAUGCUGUCCGAUCUCACGGUGUCGGAUCGUCGCGCGCCGGGUUGCGAGAAGAAAUCGCUGGAAAUGGCGGUGCAACAAAAUCUUGUUCCCUUCGAUUACGAGCAGAAAAAGCUGCUGGCUACGAAAGCGAUACAAACGAAGCCGGCCACCAACGAUUAUCGCGUUCCUACUUCCGCCUGGUCUGGCUACGGCCUCAGUCAAACCAUUCCCCCCAUGAGCGCGACCGACUUGAACAAGGAAUUGACCACGACAUCUCAUCCGUCCGAUUUGUGGAAGGAGCCGACUGCGUCGGUGUUCAGCAGGGACAUCGACUUUGGAAUCGGUUCCGGCAAAGAUCGUGUUGGCCAGAUCGGGAUAAAUUCCAACUACUUGGAGCACACGCCCAGCGCUCACCUCAAGAAUAUCACGUCCAAUCGGUACGACGACUUGACCAGCAUGCUGACUUCCGUUGGAUUGGAAAAGUACAUUCGCCUGUUCACGUCUCACGAGGUGGACAUGGCUACCUUUCCCUCGCUGACGGAAAAAGAUCUCUGCGAAAUUGGGAUAACUGCUUGGGGCGCGAGGCGUAAAAUAAUGCUGCUAAUCGCUGAAAUGAACAAGCGAACGAGCCCAUUCUGCGGCAGCGCUGCACCUGGCGCGGAGCGUAAAACGACCACAUCCACGACCUCCUCGUCAAUGGAGAAGUGUAAUCUGGACACCAAAUGGUAGCGAAGACGAAGGAUUGUUACGAGUCUCGCGAGAUUCGUGUGGACGAAAUCGGACAGGGCCGCGUUGUACUUAAA